GUUUAAAAAUAGUGCCCUACUUGGGGAAUAGUGUGCCGCAACAGUCUGCCCCAAUGACUUGGCACAAGCAGUUGUCCUCCAUACUGCCAGAUGCAUGUUGUUCUAACUCGACUGUCUCUCAGCCACUCGCUCCGUUUACAGGAAAUAUGAGCAACUAUUCCCUUCAUUUGCCUCUUUGGAAUCUACAGCACAACAUUCAACGUUCCUACAAACAGAUGCCAAUCAGUGUGGAGCAGUUCGGUCUCAGAAUUCCCUCCCUUCAUCUCUCUUGAAGAUUAACAUUGACCUAAGCGGUUGGGUCUGAACAGACUGAGAGGUUAAAGGUCAGGGGGUGAAGGUGAAGAAGGAACUCGGUCGCCAUGGUGCGUAACGUGGACGACCUGGACUUCUGCAUGGCCUCCCACCCUCAGACUGUCCUGGAGGGGCUGCGUUCCCUCCGCCGCAACCCCAAACUAGUGGACGUGACCCUGGCCGCGGGCGGCCGCGACUUCCCCUGCCACCGGGCCGUCCUGGCUCUCUGCAGCGUGUACUUCCACUCCAUGUUCUCCGGGGACUUUGUGGAGAGCAUAUCGGCCCGGGUAGAGCUGCACGACGUGGACCCUGACGUCCUGGCGUCUCUUCUGGACUUCUGCUACACCGGGAAACUGACCAUCAACCAGGGCAACGUGGAGGGUCUGAUCCAGACGUCCAGCCAGCUUCAGUUCCAGGCGGUCCGGGCGGUGUGCAGCCGCUACCUUCAGCACCAGAUCGACGCCACCAACUGCCUCGGCAUCCUGGAGUUCGCGGAGGUGCACGGCUGCCCCGAGGUGGUGGCCAAGGCCUGGGGAUUUCUCCUGGAGAACUUUGAGGCGGUGCAGUGCUCGGAAGAGUUCCCGCUGCUGGAGAAGGAAAGGCUAGUUGCGUGUCUAUCCAACGAGAGGCUACAGACCCGGACCGAGAGCACCCGUGUAGAGGGGGUCCUGGCCUGGGUUAGGUGCCAACAGGAGUCCCGGCUCCCCCACCUCCCGGAGCUCCUGGGGCUGACCCGUCUGGCUCUCUUGACCCCUGACUACCUCAGAAACAUCCUGCUAACCGACAGCCUGGUGCUGGCUUCUCCCAGCUGCGUGAAAGCUGUGGAGAUGGUCUGCAGAGAGAAAAUGGAUGUGAAGCCAGGAGAAUUAGCUCUGAACAACAGCCAGAGCCCUCAACCCAACCUACAGGAAGUGCUGUUUGUGAUGGGAGGACGCUCGCUGGAUGAUGAUGAUGAAGACGGCGAUGAAGAAGAUAGAGAUACCAGGCUGCUACCUAGGAACUGCGGCUUCUACAACCCUAAGACACAACAGUGGUAUGAGCUGCCUAGUUUCCCAAACCACAACAAGUAUGGCUAUGCUGUGGUCUCUCUGAAUAAUGAAGUCUAUGUCACAGGAGGCUCCAGGGGUUCCCAAUCCAACACUUGGUCCACUACGGAGACCUGGAAGUACAUAACCAGGGAGGGGCGAUGGGUGACCGUAGCUCCGAUGCUGCGGCCCAGGACUAACCACACCUCGGCAGCCCUCAACGGAGAGAUGUACGUCAUUGGCGGCACCACGAUGGACUUUGUAGAUGUUGAACACUAUGACCCGUACAACGACACCUGGGCCCGAACGUGCCCUGCUGUCAAAUAUGUGACAAACUUCACUGCCACCGCCUGCCACGGGAAGCUGUACGUGAUUGGCUCCUGUGCUGUCAAGUACAACGCUCUUACCAUGCAGUGCUACAACCCUGUCAUAGAUACGUGGAAUAUUAUCUGUUCCGCUUUCCUCCCAAAGUACCUGUCCUCCCCUCGUUGUGUCUCAGUGGAGGGACUCAUCUACCUGAUGGCUGACAACACCAAGAAGGUCUACUGCUACGACCCACUCGCUAACAUGUGGCAGAAGAUCCAGCUGCUUCACAUGCUCCAUGAGAACGGCAGCCUGGUGGCGGUGGACGGUCAGCUCUUUGCCACGGGGGGUCACUGGAAGGGCAUGGAGGGAGACUAUGGCGUGGAAGUGGAGGUGUACAACAGGGCUUCUAACUGCUGGAAGGUGGAAUGUUUCCUACCAAGGCUCUGGUUCUACAGCGGAACCUGUUCUGUCUUCCUGGACCCCUCCCAGUGGUCUACCACGUUCCCCCUGGAUGAAAACUAAAUGGGGAAUGGCCUGAGGCAUUCAGCGCCCAGUGGAGAAACGUGUAGCUAGGAUGCACGUUAGUGGGCGUCGAUUCGGGUGAUGAUUUUUUACUUAUUUAAAAAGCACAAUGUGCAGUUUUUGUGUAGGUUUAGCCUGCAGUAGAAGUGGUGCUAAUGAGCCAAAAGGCUCCCUGUUUUUGUGUGCUACACCAAUUUUGUAUGUUGCAACAUAUAUAUAUUACAACCUAUUAUUUGUACGAUAUGUAACUUACGUUCAGUGAUUCCUAGGGUAUUAUAGGAAUUUUGAACCCACAGUUUACGUGUUACAACAAAUCCAAAGGAUAAAUUAUGUAGUCUCUGACUACGGUACACCACUCUAAUUCUGGGCCAUUAUGUCAAAUUAAUGAAUGCCUUCAUAAUUAGGUUGUAAAGGCGUACUUACAGUUACUUUAUGCACAUCUAUCCACAGAUGUUUCACCUUGUCUGUACCAGCUAGUUUUUCCCUGAGCUGCUUGUAUUCUGCCUGUGUGCCCAAUUCUUUUUGUCCUCUUUUUGGAAUGUCACAUAUGAUAAGUCAAUUUCUGUUGUUUCUUCCUGACUGUGGGAGCAAAGACAUAUCUGUUUGUUUUAAUUAGUAGUUUUUUUGUUGGUUGACAUAGUACCAUUUAGAAAAUGUACUGUGAAUUAUUACAUGUUUGUAGAUAAUGUGUUAUUUAAUCGAUACAUGUUUGUAGAUAUGUUGUUUUCUAUGGUAGACUGCACAGAGUGUUGAAGUAUUCAACAAAUUUGCUUUUUGAGACACAUCUAACUCCAUAAAUCAGUGUUUUUUCAAUCUGUUGUCAAAUGGACUAUCAUAUUCAGGAAAUAUUUAGCCCUGAUUGUACCUACUACCAACAUGUAUGAUAUUUCCUGACCUUGUCAUCAUGAUAUAGUGGCUUAAUUUGUAGACAGGGUAGUCAAAAGACUCAUUGUGAUCUGGUACAAAAUUGACUACCCUAUAAACCUGUGUUUUUUACCUAAAAAAUUGGAUGUCAGAAUUGUUUUUAUUUCUAAACUAAGACUAAACAUUGCUGAUAGUUGUACAGGGCCCAUGAAACACAUAUCGGCUUUUGGAUCUAACAGUUUUUAAUUAAUCUCAGUUGUACAGUGAUUAAUAAAAAACUUUGGAACCUGU